AUGGCCGGCUGCUGCUGCCUGUCAGCGGAGGAGAAGGAGUCGCAGCGCAUCAGCGCCGAGAUCGAGCGGCAGCUUCGCCGGGACAAAAAGGACGCGCGCCGCGAGCUCAAGUUGCUGCUGCUGGGAACUGGUGAAAGUGGCAAAAGCACCUUUAUCAAGCAGAUGAGAAUCAUCCAUGGGUCUGGCUACAGCGACGAAGACAGAAAGGGGUUCACGAAGCUGGUUUACCAAAACAUAUUCACUGCCGUGCAAGCCCUGAUCAGGGCCAUGGACACGCUGAAGAUACAGUACGUGUGUGAGCAGAAUAAGGAAAAUGCCCAGCUAAUCAGAGAAGUGGAAGUAGACAAGGUGACCACGCUCUCCAGGGACCAGGUGGAGGCCAUCAAGCAGCUGUGGCAGGAUCCUGGAAUCCAGGAGUGCUACGAUCGCAGGCGGGAGUACCAACUGUCAGACUCUGCCAAAUAUUACCUGACGGACAUUGACCGGAUCGCCAUGCCAUCAUUCGUGCCAACACAGCAGGAUGUGCUUCGUGUCCGAGUGCCCACCACUGGCAUCAUUGAGUAUCCGUUUGACCUGGAAAACAUCAUCUUUCGGAUGGUGGAUGUUGGUGGCCAACGAUCGGAAAGACGGAAAUGGAUUCACUGCUUUGAGAGUGUCACCUCCAUUAUUUUUUUGGUUGCUCUGAGUGAAUAUGACCAGGUGCUGGCUGAGUGUGACAAUGAGAACCGCAUGGAAGAGAGUAAAGCCUUAUUUAAAACUAUCAUCACCUACCCCUGGUUUCUGAACUCAUCAGUGAUUCUGUUCUUAAACAAGAAGGAUCUUUUGGAAGAGAAAAUCAUGUACUCUCAUCUAAUUAGCUAUUUUCCAGAAUACACUGGACCAAAGCAAGAUGUCAAAGCUGCCAGAGAUUUCAUCCUGAAGCUUUAUCAAGAUCAGAAUCCUGACAAAGAGAAAGUCAUCUAUUCCCACUUCACGUGUGCUACAGACACAGAGAAUAUCCGCUUUGUGUUUGCUGCUGUGAAAGACACAAUUCUACAACUAAACCUGAGGGAAUUCAACCUGGUUUAA